AUGCGCCCCACAACUAAGCUUCUUAGAGCGAUGGCGGCGUACUCUUCAAAAGUUUCUCUCAACGAAGUGGUUAUAGCAUCAGCAGUGAGAACGCCAAUGGGAUCCUUUAGGGGCAGCUUAGCACCUCUUUCAGCUUCGGAACUGGGGGCAGUAGCAAUUAAAGGCGCCGUUGAGAGAGCUGGCAUUCCCAAAGAAGAAAUUAAAGAGGUUUACAUUGGAAAUGUAUGCCCAGCAAACAUGGGCCAGGCUCCUGCUAGACAAGCUGUAAUUUUUGCUGGAUUACCUAAAAGUACUAUCUGCACAACAGUAAACAAAGUAUGUGCUUCAGGCAUGAAAUCCAUAAUGUUGGCAGCGCAGGGUUUGCAAACAGGAGCACAAGACGUAAUACUAGCUGGAGGAAUGGAAUCUAUGUCAAAUGUGCCUUACUAUUUGAAAAGAGGUGAAACUGCAUAUGGUGGCAUACAGUUAGUGGACGGUAUAGUUUUUGAUGGCUUGACUGAUGUUUAUAAUAAAUUUCACAUGGGCAAUUGUGCUGAAAAUACAGCAAAAAAAUUGAACAUUUCUAGACAGCAACAGGAUGAUUAUGCGAUAUCUAGCUAUAAGAGAAGUGCUGCAGCUUAUGAAGCUAAAGCUUUCGCUGAUGAAUUAGUACCUGUGCCAGUACCACAGAAAAGGGGUGCCCCACCACUUAUGUUCUCAGAGGAUGAGGAAUACAAGAGAGUUAACUUUGAAAAGUUCACAAAAUUGGCUACUGUUUUCCAAAAAGAUAAUGGAACCGUUACAGCUGGUAAUGCCUCUACUUUGAAUGAUGGUGCUGCUGCCAUGAUUCUGAUGACUGCUGAAGCUGCUCAAAGACUAGGAGUUACACCCAUUGCUAGGGUUGUCGGAUUUGCUGAUGGUGAAUGCGAUCCAAUUGAUUUCCCUAUUGCACCAGCUAUUGCUAUUCCAAAACUUCUUCAGCAAACAGGUGUCAAAAAAGAUGAUAUAGCAUUGUGGGAGAUCAAUGAAGCCUUUAGUGUUGUUGCUGUUGCUAACCAGAAAAUUUUGGAAAUUGAUCCUGCCAAGAUUAAUGUUCAUGGUGGAGCCGUAAGCCUAGGUCAUCCAAUUGGAAUGUCCGGAGCAAGAAUUGUUAUCCAUUUAUGCCAUGCUCUUAAGAAAGGAGAAAAGGGUGUAGCUUCUAUUUGUAAUGGGGGAGGUGGUGCCUCGUCUAUCAUGAUUGAAAAAUUAGAGCAGGAUGCACAUAGACCACCAGUUUUAACAUUUUACACUAAAGACCCAUGUAGCCUGUGUGAUGUAGUCAUGGAAGAAUUAGAACCCUACAAAGAUAAACUUAUAAUAAGAAAAGUAGACAUCACUGAAAAGAAAAAUUUAAGAUGGCUACGAUUGUACAGGCAUGACAUACCUGUAUUAUUUCUUAAUGGCCAAUUUUUAUGUAUGCAUAAAUUGGACAAAGAUUUACUGGAGAAGAGAUUACAAAAUAUUAAAGGUGAACCGUAA